AAGUCUCGCGAGAGGCGGGAGUCGAGUCCUUUCGCGCGGGAGAGGCGGCUGCGUUCCUUUUGAAGUGAAGCCGGGAUCGUAAUGGAGCGCGCGGCGACUUCGGGAACGACGGUGGCCGCGAGGGCCCCGAACUUGCCUUGGGUGGAAAAAUACCGACCUCAGACUCUGGGAGAUCUGAUUUCUCAUCAGGAUAUUCUGAGUACCAUUCAGAAAUUCAUCAGUGAAGACCGGUUGCCUCAUCUUCUUCUCUAUGGGCCUCCAGGGACAGGAAAGACCUCUACUAUUUUGGCCUGUGCGAAACAACUUUACAAAGGCAAAGAAUUCGGGUCGAUGGUUCUGGAACUGAAUGCUUCAGACGACCGGGGUAUUGAUAUUGUCAGAGGACCUAUCCUGAAUUUUGCCAGCACAAGGACUAUCUUUAAGAAAGGCUUUAAGCUGGUGAUUUUGGAUGAAGCCGAUGCCAUGACACAGGAUGCUCAGAAUGCCUUGAGGCGUGUGAUUGAAAAAUUCACGGAGAACACACGGUUUUGCCUGAUCUGCAACUACCUCUCCAAGGUAAUCCCAGCUUUGCAAUCCAGAUGCACAAGAUUCCGCUUUGGGCCCCUGACGCCGGACCUGAUGGUUCCCCGCCUGCAGCAUGUUACAGAGGAGGAAAAAGUUGACAUAAGCGAUGAUGGAAUGAAGGCCCUGGUGACACUGUCUAACGGGGAUAUGCGCAGGGCUCUGAACAUCUUACAGAGCACUAACAUGGCCUUCGGGAAAGUAACUGAGGAGACUGUCUACACCUGCACGGGGCAGCCUCUCAAGACUGACAUUGCCAACAUCUUGGACUGGAUGCUGAACCAAGAUUUCACCACCGCCUAUCGCAAUAUCAUGGAGCUGAAAACGCUGAAAGGCCUGGCUCUUCAAGACAUCCUGACUGAGAUUCACUUGUUCGUGCAUCGAGUUGACUUCCCAUCAUCUGUACGGAUCCAACUCCUGAUCAAGAUGGCGGAUGUCGAGCAUCGUCUGGCUGCAGGGACAAGUGAGAAGAUUCAGCUGGGAGCCCUGGUUGCUGCCUUCCAAGUCACCAGAGAUCUGAUCGUAGCUGAGGCCUAGGCCCAGGGAGGACUAGGUCCUUGCUUGGUUUUCCACCAACCAUCUCCUAUUGAAUUCUGGGUAGCUCCCCGAGGCUGGAGAUUUUUGGGGCGAUUGAAGAUGGCAGUUCAAAGCUGCGAGCACCUGCUCACAGGGUUCAGCCCAUAUCCUGUUUCACGAAGGCUUAGUUUAUCUGGACUUGGACCAGCUUCUAGCUAUCGGUACUGUUUUCCUACCAGUUUCACAAUUGGGUAAAGGCCUUCAGGCGUCUGUCGUCAGCCAAACUGUACUCUCGGCAAGAGAGAAGACUCAAAACCUAUUUGAGUUGGGGAGGGAUGUGUGCACUUGCUGCUUUAUAACACUGAGAGAUGCUUCUGUUUAAGCUUGUGGACUUUCAGCCACAAUUCCUCUAAAAAUCAUAAGGUUUUACUAGCCCGUAUUAAAACUCAAAUAAUGGAAGGGCAAUGAUUGACUUCUUUUUGUUAAGGACUCCCUACCUCUGAGGCCUGCAAAAAGAGGCAGCAGGGCAGAGAUUAUACUUUGCAUCUUUCCCCAGUAUUAGUAAAUCCGUGUAAGUGUGUAACUAGCACUACAGGAGAAGGGCACUCCAUGUGCUUGCUUUCUGCUUGCAAGGAAACUGUAAGCAAACAUUAAAAGUGUAACGAUGCAGCUUAUUCAUCCCCGUGAGGCUGCAUGUAGAGACCAGGUUUAAGUAUUUUGCUGUCAGGGAGCAUCUUGAGCUUAUUCUGUAGUGGAGGAAUCUGGAAGGGAGUCAGUGGAUCCAGCCCACAGGUCAUGUGUACUAAUCAGGGGCUUUAUUACUUCCUUUUGAAACAAGUUAUAAGGGUGAUGAUCCCUGAGGGGUGGAAGGGGGAAAAUUGCCUGGUGAACUCUCCUGGACAGCCCUUUGCUCUAGAUAAAAUGAAGCGUGAUCUAGCAAUAGCAGGUGGGCAGCAAUAAUAAACUGGCCUAUGAAGACUCCAGGUUUCCUUAAAGGCAGGAACCAGAAUUUUGUUUUGCCUUUCAUGUAAGAACCUAACUCCAUAGUUGAAAACUGUUUCUUUCUCCUGAUGGUAGACUUGGUCACUGUGUGACAACUGCCAAGUCAAAAGCACAGAAAGACCACCACCUCAGUGACAUUACCCAUUGCCAAAAAUAGUUCGUUUGGUUAACCUACGAUGCUAGAGUUAAUGGGCCGCAGUGACUCCGGGAAAUAUGAGCAAGCAUUAGACUUGCCCAGAUCUGUUGCGAAUAAAAAUAUUUUGUCAUUA